AUGGCGGCUCCAGAGAGAUCGACAGACCAAGAAGUCGACACGACUUCUUCGUUCCUCCAGAAAUUCAGACUCUACGAGACCCGCUCGAACUUCUACAUGAUUGGAAGAGACAAAAACCGAACGUUUUGGAGGGUCCUGAAGUUAGAUAGGACAGAGCCAACAGAGCUCAACUUCUACCAAGAUUCAACGGCUUACACAGAAUCUGAGUGCUUCGAAACUCUGAGAAGGAUCCACGAAGGAAACAGAUCAUCUGGUGGUUUGAAAUUCGUCACCACUUGCUAUGGGAUCAUCGGAUUCAUAAGGUUCUUGGGACCUUACUACAUGUUGAUAAUCACCAAAAGAAAGAAGCUCGGUGAAAUCUGCGGGCACACAGUUUAUGGCGUAGCAAAGAGCAAGAUCAUAACGAUUCCACAUGCCUCUGUGCUGUCCAAUGUGGCUAAUUCUAAGGAUGAGAAAAGGUACAAGAGGCUGCUCUGCACUGUAGAUCUCACAAAGGACUUCUUCUUCAGCUAUUCGUAUCACAUCAUGCAUUCACUUCAGAGGAAUCUGUCAAACAAUGUGGAAGGACACCCUUACUACGAAUCCAUGUUUGUCUGGAACGAAUACUUAACUCGAAGGAUUCGAAAUAACCCAAAGGACUGUAUGUGGACAGUUGCCUUGGUAUAUGGAUUUUUCAAACAGGUUGAAUUGUCAGUGUCUGAGAAGAACUUUAAAUUGACUCUGAUUGCUCGCCGAUCUCGGCAUUAUGCUGGCACAAGAUACCUGAAACGUGGUGUGAACGAGAAAGGCAGGGUUGCUAAUGAUGUCGAGACAGAACAGAUUGUUUUCGAGGAUGCGCAGGAUAGUAAUCCCGGCAGAAUAAGUUCUGUAGUUCAGAAUCGGGGUUCGAUUCCUUUGUUCUGGUCUCAGGAGACCUCACGCUUGAAUAUCAAACCUGAUAUAAUACUGUCAGCGAAAGACCCCAACUUCGAGGCAACCAGGCUGCAUUUUGAGAAUCUUGCAAAGAGAUAUGGGACUCCAAUCAUCAUACUGAACUUGAUAAAGACGCGUGAGAAGAGACCUCGAGAGACUAUUCUGCGUGCAGAGUUUGCAAAUGCCAUUACAGUUAUAAACAAAACGCUAAGCAACGAAGAGCGUCUGAGGCCUCUUCACUGGGACCUGCAUAAACACUCCAGAAAAAAAGGCACAAACGUGUUGGGGAUUCUCGACAGGUUGGCCACUUAUGCACUGAACUUGACUGGCAUCUUCUACUGUCAGCUAACUUCAGAUCUUAGAGCAGAUGGGUUUCAGAACCAGAAUCCAUCUACACUAGAGAACAACACUGGUCAAUGUUCUACUGAUGAUCUUCCCAGUAAAGAUGAGAUUGCAUCAAGUUUGGCGGUAGAGAAUGGUAAUGACGGCGAGGAAGCUACCAUGCUUCAGAAAGGAGUCCUCAGGACCAAUUGCAUUGACUGUUUAGACCGCACCAAUGUUGCUCAAUAUGCUUAUGGUUUGGUAGCAUUUGGGCGUCAGCUCCAUGCUUUGGGGUUGAGAGAGCCUACUACUAUUGAUCUAGACAAUCCCCUCGCUGAAGAUUUGAUGGGAAUCUACGAGUCAAUGGGAGAUACGCUUGCGCUUCAGUAUGGAGGAUCCGCAGCACACAACAAGAUAUUCUGUGAAAGGCGUGGUCAGUGGAAAGCGGCAACACAGUCACAAGAACUCUUCAGAACUUUACAGCGUUACUACAGUAAUGCUUACAUGGAUGCUGAAAAGCAAGAUGCAAUUAACGUGUUCUUGGGCUACUUUCAGCCACAACCAGAUAAGCCAGCGCUGUGGGAGCUGGGCUCUGAUCAGCAUUACAAUGCAGCAAGAUUUCUUGCCAGUGCUGUAGCAGAAAAUUCAAGGUCUAUGAUGAAACGAUCUCUAUCAGAAAGUAGCAUCAUUAGCGAGAGCAGUGCAGCCUCGUUGGGACCAGUCGGUAGACAUGGUUUGGCUGAAAAGGAUGAAGAAGCUAAAGGUCUUUCGGAUUCAGCACCUGAGAUCUCAACGUGUGAAACUUCCGUGAUUGCUUCUAGUUUGAGUGCUCCACCACCGGUAUUAGAUGAAAUAGGUUUAGACGAGAUUCUUGAAAACGAUUGCUUCUGCUGUGAUGGAAAUGGUGAGCAAUGUACAUGUGCAGCUUUUGAUAUGGAUUGGGUUUCUUCUUCAGGGAACUCUUGUGAAGAUGAGAGUUACGGGAGAUCCACCGUGGUUAGAUCCUACAAUACCAUCCCUGAAAGUACAAACAUAGAGUCAGAAAUUUGUGUGAUUGAAUCUGAUCCCGGGAAUACAAAGAGAGAGGAAGUUACUGUGGAAGAAGAAGCCAGUUGUGGGAUUCCUGAAGGUUAUAUGAGGUGGGUGAUGGAUGAAGAAGGGCAUUUCUGGUGA